UCAAUUCUAUAUGAAUCUACCUAGAAACUUUUUCAAUGACAGUUAUACAGCAAAAUAAGUAAAAAUGGCGGUCACCAUGGAUUCUGUAAGAGAAAAAGUUCUUCAAAAUUAUCGAAAAAAACUUCUGGAACACAAAGAAGUAGAAUCACGAUUAAAAGAAAUGAGGGAACACUUAAAAGAUUUGACCAAACAAUAUGACAAGUCCGAAAAUGACUUGAAAGCUCUUCAAAGUGUUGGUCAGAUUGUUGGUGAGGUUCUUAAACAACUUACAGAAGAGAAAUUUAUAGUAAAAGCAACAAAUGGUCCUCGCUAUGUUGUUGGUUGCAGACGUCAACUUGAUAAGAAUAAAUUAAAGUCUGGAACCAGAGUUGCUCUUGAUAUGACAACUUUAACUAUAAUGCGUUAUUUACCACGUGAGGUUGAUCCAUUGGUUUACAAUAUGUCUCAUGAAGAUCCUGGUGAUGUUACAUAUUCUGCUAUUGGUGGUUUAAGCGAACAAAUACGUGAAUUACGAGAAGUUAUAGAAUUACCUUUAUUAAAUCCUGAACUAUUUCAAAGAGUUGGUAUUACUCCACCUAAGGGAUGUUUAUUAUAUGGUCCACCUGGUACUGGCAAAACACUACUGGCAAGGGCAGUUGCUAGUCAAUUAGAUGCAAAUUUCUUGAAAGUUGUAUCAAGUGCUAUUGUAGACAAAUAUAUUGGAGAAUCAGCACGAUUGAUCAGAGAAAUGUUUAAUUAUGCUCGUGAUCAUCAACCGUGUAUUAUAUUCAUGGAUGAAAUUGAUGCUAUAGGCGGGCGAAGAUUUUCUGAGGGAACUAGUGCAGAUAGAGAAAUUCAAAGAACUCUAAUGGAAUUAUUAAAUCAAAUGGACGGCUUUGAUUCUUUAGGUCAAGUUAAAAUGAUAAUGGCAACAAAUAGACCUGAUACUUUGGACCCUGCUCUGUUAAGACCCGGUCGUUUGGACAGAAAGAUUGAAAUACCGUUACCUAACGAACAAGCACGACUUGAAAUUUUGAAAAUUCAUGCAGGUCCAAUUGCUAAGCAUGGUGACAUUGAUUAUGAGGCAGUAGUCAAAUUAUCAGAUGGAUUUAAUGGAGCAGAUUUAAGAAAUGUUUGCACAGAAGCUGGAUUAUUUGCAAUAAGAUUGGAGAGAGAAUAUGUUGUCCAAGAAGAUUUUAUGAAAGCUGUAAGGAAAGUUUCAGAUAAUAAGAAACUUGAAUCAAAGUUAGAUUACAAACCAGUAUAAGAAAGCAACAUAGCUAUUGUGAUUUAGUGAAUGAUACAAAUAAAUCAAUAAAAUAGCCUUAUUUUAUCUUAACAAUACAUACAUUUUCAUGUGAAUUUGCAUAUUAAUAAUAUAUUAAUCAUGCUUAACUCGUCAUCAAUAUAUUUUGUCUGAUAUCAUAAAUUCAUGUAAACUUGUCAUGCUUUUAUUAUUCAAAUAAUGAGAUGAAUUUACAUUUAUAAUA